UGCUUCCUUUCUGGAAGUUCCUGCAUUGCACACUGUCCACGGAAAGAUCUGGUUUAGCACUCGGACAGCUCAGAUAUGACCUUUUUAAACCAAAUAAUCUGUACAUUUAGCCAAUUUCCCUGUUCUUAUUCUCUUUAGUUGGAAGCUUUGCUGUGGACUGUGGAACAGGGUGGACUUUUCUUUAUUUUUCUCUUCUUUUUUUAGUUUAGCUGUUUAUUUUUUUAAAAUAUAGAUAUUUUAUCUGCUUGGAGGAACACUACAGAUCCUGAAACAGAUAACAUAGAUCUGUAACUCAUCAGACUGCUGCAGAAAUGGAUGAAGAGACUCCACUGCUGAACAAAAGACCAGCAUCAUCUGAAUCCACGAUUAAAAACUCCAAGCUGUUCCUGGCUGUGUUCUCAGCAGUCCUGGGGAACUUUAACUUCGGUUACUCCCUGGUCUACUCGUCUCCUGUCCUGCCAUUGUUCACGAGUGACGAUGCCGACCCCCGACUCAAGAUGGACACUGUGCAGGCCGCCUGGUUCGGCUCCAUCUACUCACUGGGUGCAGCGGCCGGUGGGCUGGGGGCCAUGCUGCUCAACGACAUGAUUGGACGAAAGCUGAGCAUCAUGAUGUCAGCGGUGCCCUCCACUAUUGGGUACAUGCUGCUGGGAGGAGCUGUGGACUUGUGGAUGCUGCAUUUGGGACGUUUCCUAACUGGUGUCGCUGGUGGAAUGACUGCAGCAUCCAUUCCUGUUUACAUCUCAGAAAUCUCCCACAAAGGGGUUAGAGGCGCUCUUGGGUCUUGCCCUCAGAUCACGGCUGUGUUUGGGGCACUGGCGCUCUAUGCACUUGGUCUGGUGGUACCUUGGCGGUGGCUGGCGAUUGCAGGAGAGGUGCCAGCGUUGCUCAUGGUUGUGCUGCUGGUGUUCAUGCCUUCUUCUCCCAGGAGGCUCCUGUCUCUGGGCCGACAGCAGAAGGCUGAGGAGGCCCUCCGCUGGCUGAGGGGGAGUCAGUACGACACACACAUCGAACUCAGUGCCAUACAGCACAGCAUCAACACACAGACUAAGCUCACAUUGUCCCAGCUGGGCACACCCAACAACUACCGGCCAAUCAUGAUCUCAGUUGUGAUGCGAUUCUUGCAGCAAAUGACGGGCAUUACACCCAUUCUGGUCUACCUUCAGACAAUCUUUAAGAAAAGCAAUGUCUCCAUAGAGCCCAGAUAUGACGCUGCCAUUGUGGGUGUGGUCCGCCUCUUCUCUGUGGCUGUGGCAGCCAGUUUGAUGGACAAGGCAGGACGCAAAGCCCUGCUGUACACGUCGAGCAUGCUCAUGUUUGUGGCCUCUCUGACUCUGACCUUGAACUCCCACACCACACCUUGCCCACCAGGCCCUGCUCCCCCAAACGCCACCACUCUGGGCUACGGCCUCCAUCAUGGCAUCAGUAAUGCAUUAGAAGCCAGCCACCAGUCUGCAGCAGGCCUCAUCCCUCUCAUCAGCACCGUCAUCUUUAUAUUUGGAUACGCCAUGGGAUGGGGCCCGAUCACCUGGCUGCUGAUGUCAGAGGUGCUGCCGCUGGUUGCCAGGGGCGUGGCUUCAGGCCUGUGUGUCACUGUCAGCUGGCUGACGGCCUUCAUGAUCACACACGUCUUCACACUCCUGCUGGACAGCUACGGCUUGUUCGCGCCCUACCUGCUGUUCACCGUGGUGUGUGUCCUCUGCCUGCUGUUCAACGCCGUGUGCAUCCCAGAGACUCGCGGCCGCUCGCUGGAGGAAAUAGAAAACUAUUUUAGAACGGGACGCUCAUUCACCAUCAACCGUAGUUAUUCCACUGUGCAGAACAGCUGAAGCUUAUCUCCCUAGUUUAAGGGAGUAAUUCACAUGCUGUAGCUCUGCAGCCCCCCUGAUUUUUGAUCGAUCAAUAUAAAGGGUCUAAGAAUGAGUGUUGAGGGUAAAGCUGUCUGUGAAAUGACUUUUAGAAUAAUUACUGAGUAUAGAUGGAGCGCUAUAAAUCUCAGGCUCUUCACAGACUGAAAACAAUUACAAAUAGGUCAAAGAACAGGUUUCUGCUUAACAAAAUGCUUUACAGAUGACUGACAGUUUUAAACAGCAAUAUUUUCUUGCAUUCCAACUUCUUUUUGUUAUUUUAACAGUAAAAAAAAACAUGUACACUACUGUUCAAAAGUUUGGGGUCACUUAGAAAUGUCCUUAAUUUUGAAAGAUUAGCAUUUUUUUUAAAAUGAGGAUAACAUGAAAUUACUCAGAAAUAAAGUCUGGCAUUGUUAAAGUGCUAAAUGACUAUUCUAGCUGGAAACUGCUGAUUUUUAAUGGAAUAUCUCCAUAGGGGUACAGAGGAACAUUUCCAGCAACCAUCACUCCUGUGUUCUAAUGCUACAUUGUGUUAGCUAAUGGUGUUGAAAGGCUCAUUGAUGAUUAGAAAACCCUUGUGCAAUUAUGUUGGCACCAUAAAAAAAAGGGUGAAUUUUCAUGGAAAACAUGCAAUUGUCUGAGUGACCCCAAACUUUUGAAUGAUAUGUGUGUCUUUUUUUCCCCCCAUUUUUACACUGCAUACCUCAGACACUCUUCGGGUCACUGAUGUGUGCACAAGGCACAAACAAAAGAAAAAACACGUGAGCCUCAAAGUGUGAUACAUUCAGGUGGAAGUAAUGCAACAAAGGUUUAAACUGAACAAACACGUCUUGAGCGGCGACAGUGACAGCACAACAAUGCUGUUUGGAUGUAAAAGUCAUGCAUUUAUCCAUCUGUUUCACAACAUGCCUUUAUUUUACAGUCAUACAUCAGUGUCCGCUCACCUUAUUACACACCUGAUACUGUUUGCAACUCAAAUUUUUAUUGCUUUUAUCCUUAGUAGUGUUUAACCUCAGUGGCAGGAGGAGCAAAAACAAGAGGUAAAUAAAAUAAAUCAUACAGGGGACAUAAUAUGAAUGAUGUGAAAGAACAUGUGGUAACAGUGCUACUAUUAGAAGACAGCAUUAACAUGACAGGCAUGUAUGUCUGUGGAAAAUUAGACCAAAAAAGAUGCUACACUAGUGCUUAACUUGUGUUGAUGUUGUUUUCAUCACAACAUUUGCCUAUUUUUUUUUAAAUUCUGGAGCUUUUCCAGUGUUCAGGUAUUGUCCUACAAUACACCAAGAUUCCUUUAAUGAAAAAUCUUGUCUUGAUAUGUUUUGCACUGUAUUUAGUAUUAAUAUACACCAUGCGCUACAUAGUGUCUGGUCAUUAAAGUGACUUAACAGUAAAAAGCUACAUCCCUUUUAUGACCAGACAAUAUGUAGCACAUGGUGUAUAUUAAUAAAAAUGAAUCUGAUACCAAAAACUUGAUGCUUCCUUUAUGUGUGUAUAGUUUUUCUGCACAUUGUAUCAUUAAAGAUUUAACCCUCUGAAA